UGUCACUAAUAUUCCUUAAAAGUGGCAUUUAAACGUUUAUUAUCUCAAAGGAGAGGACGAACGAAUCUGAUCUGGAACAUAACCUCAAAAAUAGAAAUGUUCCCUCAAAAUCAUAUAGUUCUAUGAAAAAGAAUCCUCAUCGAGGCCAUAAAACGCAAAAGCUAAAGAAGGUAUUAAAAAAAGUGGAAUAAUAAAUAAAUUGGUGAUAAUUUAAAGAAAUAUUCAACUAAAACACUAGAUCCAAGUAACGAAUAAGAAUGGACGUCAGUACUCUCUUCAGAGCUAGUGUAAAAACAAUAGCUCUUCGGAAUAAAGCUCUUGGCGAUCAACCAGAUUCGAAACCAAGUUUUAAAAUGCGUCGCAAAAGUCCAUUUUUAACAAAAGCCCAAGCUGUCGUAUCCCACAUCACCAAACUUCGUGAAUUCAUCCUCGAAAAUCGUCCAGCUUAUUUGAAUUUCUCGAACCAUUUAUCAAGCAAAGCCCAUAUGACGGACGACGAUCGCGAUCGAAUCGACGUUGGCGCUCAACAAAUAAUGACAAAAUGUUCCCAGCUUCUCAAAGAACUGAAACGAGAAGUCGCCGAUACAGAACUUUCUCAGCAGAAUCAGGAACACCGAGAAAUCAUGUUACUACUAAUUGAAAACUUUUUAAAGAACGUCUGUAAAAUUUACUCUGAGCAAAAAGCCAUUCGAGUAAAAAGAGCGAUCGAGUUCAGGAAAGUAGCGAGGCUCGAAGUGGAUUCUAAAAAAUCUUUAAAUUCAACAAUCCGCCCGGAAUCACCAGCUUCCAGUAAAAGGGAACUGGAUGUUAACAAAUCUUCAAUGACUAUUUCGGAAAUGGAUAACGAAGGGACUAAUUCUUUGAGCGCUGAAGGCGAAUUAUCGCCCGAGGAUAUUCAAAUGUUCGAAUCCGAGAACGAGCAGCUCUUUAAUGAGUUGAAUACUUUGACCGAGGAAGUGAAGCAGAUAGAAAGCAAAGUUGUUCACAUUGCAGAACUCCAGGAGGUUUUUACGGAAAAAGUUUUAGAGCAAGACAAAGAUUUGGAUCGAUUGAUGACGACUGUUGUUGGUACGACAGAAAAUGUGAAAGAGGCCAACGAGCAAAUUCGACAAGCAAUUCAGAGAAAUGCGGGGCUCAGAGUCUGGAUUUUAUUUUUCUUGAUUGUAAUGUCCUUCACGCUUCUCUUCCUGGAUUGGUAUAAUCCUUGAAAAGGAUUUCUGGUCGAAAAACGCCUACAGAGUUCAUUUACUUCCAAAUAAAAAUGGCAUUAACGAUUAUAAAGUGGUAAGAGUCAAAUUAAAAUCGAGACAUUUUUUUGAUUGGCUAGAAAAAGUUCGUUUUCAGGGUGGCCAUGAGAUUGUGAAAAUUAUAGAGGCGAUAAUUUUAUUUUUUAUAUUUAGUCAAAUAGUUUCAGCAGAAUAAAUUACGGUGAAAUGCAGAAGCUCGCGUUGAAACAGCUCAUAAAGUUUGACAAUAAAUUAAAUUAAUUAAAUUUAUAGAUUGAGGAAGAAAGUAUUUUGAAACUUGAAUAAUUAUUAUUAAUCAUGAUAAAACAAAAGUGCUAAACUCUAUUUAUUUAAUUAGGGAG